UAGAUUUAAUGAGUUGUAAUAAGCUCACAGGUAGCUGCAGUUCUCCUCCUGGCCUGCUGGUGGCGGCGGAGGGCAGAGGUCGUGAAAGCUUCAGCCGGCGCCACAGCGAAGUGUUUCCGGAAACUACAUGAGCGGUGUGAGCCCAGAGGAGACUCCACCAUGGACAUCAGACCGAACCACACCAUCUACAUCAACAACAUCAACGAUAAAAUCAAGAAGGAAGAGCUGAAGCGCUCGCUCUACGCGCUCUUCUCCCAGUUCGGGCAGGUCAUCGACAUCGUGGCCAUGAAGACGAUGAAGAUGAGGGGACAGGCCUUCGUCAUCUUCAAAGAGCUCGCCGCCGCCACCAACGCCCUGAGGCAGCUGCAGGGCUUCCCCUUCUACAACAAGCCCAUGAGGAUACAGUACGCCAAGACCGACUCUGAGGUCAUCGCCAAGGUCAAAGGAUCAUAUGGCGACAAGGAGAAGAAGAAGAAAGAGAAGAAGAAGGCUCAGGAGCUGGCGGCUAACGCCACAAAGAAACCGGCGGCGGGAUUGGCCCCUCCUGCGCUCACACCUGCGGUGCAGGUUCCAGACAACCCUCCGAACUACAUCCUGUUCCUCAGUAACCUCCCCGAGGAGACCAACGAGAUGAUGCUGUCCAUGCUCUUCAACCAGUUUCCGGGUUUCAAAGAAGUGCGACUCGUGCCGGGGAAACACGACAUCGCCUUCGUGGAGUUUGAAAGCGACACUCAGGCGGGUGUGGCCAAGGACGCGCUGCAGGGCUUCCGGAUCACGGCGACCUGCGCCAUGAAGAUCACCUACGCCAAGAAGUAGUCGCCUCGUCCAAUCAGAGACGGGACACAGAGACUGAGGGGGGGCGGGGCUGGCGGUUUGGGGGAUUUCUGUCGUCUGGCGGUGUGCGCAGCCUAAUGGCGUCUGUUUGUUUUUGUUUUUUUAAGUAUAUUUUCUAAGAGGAACGCCACGGAGCUGCUUCUGAUUUUGUAAAAUAAAAUCAUUUUUCAUAAACGUGCCUCACAUUUUUACUCUGACCCCCUCAGGUCUCAGAGGUCACGGUGUCAUCUGACGAGGGUUUAGAGAGCACUCUUCUCCUUAGUGACCAGCGGUUGGCAUGGUUGCCAGUCGGCGUUUGAGCCUGUGUGGUUUUAGACGUGAGCGCUGAGACGACUCGAGCCUGUGUGUUUUCGCUGCGUUUCACCUCAGGCUGCUUUUACAUUAUUGAUCAAAGCUACGUGUCGUCAUGCCGACAGGUUGGCUCACGCCUGCGGCGCCGGCGGCUCGUCUCGGGUCUUCAGGAUAUGAAAACCUUGUUAAAGCAAAGCCUCGGGUUUUAUUUCUGUCGUAGCCGAGUUGUAGUUGAUCAUCAACAACAUCCAAUUAAAAUCCAAAAGUUUCACCAAACGUGAAGCUCCGCCUCUGUUAGUACAGUAACCUCACAGCAGCCGUAUUAUUGGUCAGAUGAUGUCAUUCAAAAGGCUCCAACAGUACAAACACGCUCAGGUCAGGUGACGCUUCAGCCACCUGUGUCACCAUCCGCCGGCUGGUUAAACGUGCAGAUGCGUUAUAACUGCACAGGUGUCAGAACGGAGGAUUGGCUCAAACUACAGGGUUUUUUUUCUACGCUUGGGUCUGUAUGAUGUCACAGAGCUCUUGUCCUUAUAUGGUCAUCGGGCCUUGCCAGCUGCUGUUCAAAGCUUUACCUUAGGAUAACCUGUUUCUGCGACAAAGCUGACGAGACCCGACCCCUUAAGAUAGAAAUGAGCAGAACAGGAUUCUUCUGGGUUUUAAAGUAGAACUUCUUCCUCUUGUUUCUGUCAACGUUGUGAUUUUUUUAUUAAAAGUGAUUUAAACAUG